AUGUCUAAUUAUUUUAAUUAUAUUACUCGAUCUACUACCGGUUCUAUUAAAUAUACCGGUACAUCAUUUUCUUGUUAUUGCAUAAAUCAUCGUCGAUUUUAUGCUGAUCGAAAAUCAACAAAUCAUUAUGAUGCACUUGGUGUUAGUUCAAAUGCUUCUACAAAAGAAAUUAAAGCAGCUUUUUAUAAUUUAUCAAAAAAACAUCAUCCAGAUGUAAAUCCUCAUGAUAAUAAUGCUUCACAUAAAUUUAGUACAAUAUCAAAUGCAUAUGAUAUAUUAAGUGAUCCAGUUAAACGAAAAGAUUAUGAUAAUGAAUUAUCAUCUCGAAUAUCUCCAUCUGAUCCAUAUGUUACAUAUGAUCGAACAAGUACAUAUGCACAACGAGCACGUGCUCAUCGUCCAUCAACAUGGAAACCACCGCCAUCAUCAAAAAAUCCUAGUGGAGGAUUUCCAGGUGCUGAAAAUGCAUUUGGUAAUAGUCGUAAUACAACCUAUGGAACAUUUGAUAAAGAAUAUUAUGAUAAUGUAUUUGGUCGAUAUCGUGGUCCAUCACCACAGGGACGUACGAAUAUGUAUAAUUUCGAUGAGUUUUAUCGUAGUCAUUAUAAUGAUUUUGAAUUUUGGGGUACAACAAGAAAAGAAACACAAGAAAGACUUCGACGUGAACGACAAGAAGCAGAACAUCGACGUCAACAAAAAGCUAAUCGUAGUACAGUAUCAAAAGUAUCAUCAGUAGCUAUUUGGUUUAGUGUUGGACUUUUUGUUCUUUUCAUAUCAAAUAUAUUACAUGAUAUGCAUUUUCAACGACCAGCUGAUGAACUUCGUUCGAAAUUUUACAUCAUUCCGAAGUCAUCUACUAAUAAAUCACAUCAAGAGUCAUCCACGAAGUCUUAA